AUCAAAAUAAUAUUGAUGUAACUAAAGUGAUUGAAAAAAUUACCACUAGACCAAUGAUUAAAAAAUACACAAAUAUAGUAGAAGUAACGACGAGAUUAGAAUCCAAGUUUCAUCAAAUUAUGUGUAGAAUGCUAAAUGAAACCUUAAUCAUUAAUUUAUUUGGCCGCUCCUACAAAGAAGCAGUAACAUGCAUCGAUGAAAUUGUAAUAGCAAUAGAGCAUAAAAUAAAAUUAACACAUCAGGGAAAAAUAAAGCAAGAUAUUACAUCUUCUUCAAAUAAUAAUACAGAUCAGAUAGAUGAAAAUAAAAUCAAAUUCUAUAAAAAAGCUAUGCUUAGUCCAUAUACAGAGAAGGGAAACGACGUGAAUAAAAAGAAAUCCCAAUCAUUUCUUUCUUCUGACAAAUCUAUUGAAAAGGUAGACGAUAAUCAAACCCCCAAAUAUCGCGAAAAAUUUUCUCGUUUGUCUCUAGAAAAGUUAGAUGUUACGAGUGGAGGCACUAUUAGCGCGGAGUCUUCUUCGUUUGAGACAAUUAAAACUCAGAAACCCUUGUCGGCUAACAUAACAAUGGAAGAGUUAAGCAUCGCGAGUCAAGAAAUCAGUGACAGUAAAUCUUCUUCGUCCAAAAUUACAAACAAGGAACUUUCUUCACUGAAUGGCACGAUUGGUGAACACUAUCUCAUGAUUACUGUAAAAGAUGCAUUGUUGAAAAUAAAACAAAUAGUAAAUGACGGUGCACAAAAAAGAACAUACGAAGUGAUAAAUACAUAUAAUGCUCACGGCAGAAUAUUGGCCGAAGCCGUUUUUUCCCAAUGCGAUUUGCCAGCAUUUAGAGUUGCCACUAAACAUGGAUACGCGGUAUUGGCAAGUGAUGGUGAAGGCGUGAGGAUAGUACUGCAUAAAACUACAGACUUAAAUAAAAAUUUUUUGCAGUCCGACUCAGUAUCUCUCAAACCUGGGACAUGCUUGUAUGUGAAGAACGGAGAGCGUGUUCCUGACGAAGCAACAGCGGUUGUGCGAAUUAAGGAUGUAAGGCGAAUAGUAAAUGAUACCGCAAGGAAUUUAAUUCUGAUAAAGAUUAAACCAGAAUUCGGGCGGAAUAUUAAAAAUAUCGGUAGUGAUAUAUCGAAAGGGAACCCGAUUAUACCCCCGUUCACACGUAUUGGUCCAGCGGAAUUAGGACUUUUGACAGUUACGGGUCGUAAAGAUGUUCGAGUCGUUAAACCUGUAUCCAUAGGUAUAUUGUCAAUUGGAGAUUUUUUAGAGGAACCUAGAAAGUCUUUAAGACCGGGUUACGUUUACGACAGCAACAGAAUAAGCUUAAUCGCGCUAUUAAAAGAUAAAGAUUUUAAUUCGAUAGUGGACUUCGGAAUUGUGACAGAAGAUACACAAUCUAUAAAGAUGAAAAUCGAAAACGCUUUAAAGCAAGUGGACGUACUUGUGACAAUAGGCUGUUCGAACGAUGAUGAUGUGUUAAAGCCCAUUUUAAGAAAUAACUUUCGCGCCACUAUACAUUUUGGAAAGAUAUUCUUGAAGCCAGGAAAAUCGACGACGUUUGCAACCUGCAUAGUUGAUGACGAAAUGAAGUAUUUUGUAUGUCUACCGAAAAAUCCGGUGUCUGUUUUCAUUUCCGCGCAUCUGUUUCUUUUACCUAUUUUGAAUGGAUUGCACUGUAUGUUCGAGAUGCCUCGCAAAAUUCCAACUCGCAUACACCAGCAGUAUACCUUACAUACGCGUCCUAGAGCGGUAUGGGCGACUUUAGAAUGGAAUGAGUGGGAAAAUUUCGCGAGAGCUUUCAGCAGCAAAAAUUUCACCAGUGAUAAACUACCUAAUUAUCAAGGUGCUAAUGCACUCUUAUUGUUCCCGUCGAAAACAGAAGUCAACUGUAAAAUGUUAUUUGUACCUGCGUGUCUAAUCAAAUAAGUAGGUAUCAAUAACAGAUGUUUCUAAUUGACUAUCAACGCUAUUUUAUGACAAAACAAUUGUACAUAAUUGUAUAUAUUCGAUUACAUAUAUGCUAAAUACAGGGUGUC